UCGUCGGAGAAGUAGCGAUCUGGGUCAUCGACGAGCCAUCCGGCGCUUGGUCCGGCAAGCAUCCACUCCAUGGGCGCGUACACCGGCGGAGGAGGCGGCAGUUCCGCGGCAUCCGUGGUGAUGUUGGAUGCAGAGGCCUCAUCCUCGUACUCGAUCCCGACCCCUGCAGCAACCUGUUCGUCGACGGCGUUUGGUGCGGCAGCAGCCUCUUGGGGCAUGAACAGGACGUCUUCCUUGGGCGCAUCCGCCCUGGUACUCGGUCCUGGCGCUCCAGGGGAGUUGCUGCGGUGCACCCGGCGAUGACCACAGUGAAGGCGUUGGCGAUUGGCGUGGCGGCGAAGGAGGCCACCACCAGAACCGUAGCGACGAAGAGGAGCACGAUAUGGUGCAUUGCGGCGGCGGAGGCCGCCAUUCCUGUUCAGGCGACGCUGACGGCGGUGGCCGAAGUUCCGGCGACGAGUAGCAGCCGGACCAAAAGUCCGGUGAGGAAAACGGAAGCGCGGGUGUUCCCUGGCCACAAAUCGAGCGAAGGCGAAAGCAAGGAUCUUGAAAUUGGAUCCUUAAAUGCAAACAAGGAAGAAGAAGAAGAAUAUCUUAGUCGAGGAUCAAUCCAAAUGACCAAGAAAGAAGAUGGGUUCAACAAGCCUUAUACGACAGCGAGCCGACACGUUGAUCUCCCAAUUAGAUAACAAAGCAAUGCAUCACUUCCAUAUGAAGGCUUAGAAAACCUUAAACUGAUCUUAUUCAUACAGAAGUGAAGACAACAUGCAUGCUUGCACCACUUUAUUUAGUCCACCUUCCCAACGAUCGAGUCAAUAAGGCCGCGCUUGGAAUCGGUGUAAACAUAUACAAGUGUAUUUUUCUUACGGGUGUAUCUUACCGGCCAGGAGCGAUUUGCAGGGGGAAAUGAAAACGACGGAU